ACGGAUUAGGUUAUCGAUAGUUAGUUAAGUUUAAAUUAAGCGCCACAGUAUUUUUGUAUCGAUAGCUUUGGUAUUUUAAGUUUAGAUUAUUUGGUCCCACGAAAAAAAGGUAAACAGAGGGAAACAAUUGGCGGAACCAGCAAAUAAGACCGAUUUGCGCCAUCACGAAAGAGGGAAGAGAAACUGCGAAUAAAACCGAUCAAAAAGCACAGAACUCCAACUGUUGUCCAGCACUAGUGCUUGAAGUGUUUAAAGGCAUUCCCCGUGAUCGGCCAAGCGGCGACAUUUUCUUUUAUUCGCACUCUGCAACAUGAUGCCCACGAAGCAUUCGCCCCGGCGGAGCCCCAGGCUGGAAGCCUCGGGUGUUCCCGCAACUGCGACCACCACGGCCACAGCAACUUGCACCCCGGCAAGCUCUGCGAGUGUGGCUGGUGAUCGGCAGCGGCCACUGACUCCGAAGGAAAGUGGAACAGCCGCCAGGAAAGCGGCAAGUAACCUGCAGCCCGAAGCAAGGGGGCAGAUUGCAGACCCCACAACUGUGCAAGUGGCGGCCCUGAUGGAAAGGAUCGCACGUCUCGAGUCGGAGCUGGAAAAGGCAAGGGCAAGUGGAGGACAAGCAGAGGCCGCCAGGAAUCCCGUUGGAAUCGGGGCAAGCGGCGUUGGAGUGAGCGGUGCGGCGAAUACACCGCCAUGUUUGAGUGGAAUGAUGCAAACGGAGCUUGGAGUGACGUCAUCGCUGCAGUUGCCGGCACAAUUGAGUGCAAGUUUGCCGCCACAAUGGAGUGGAAAUUUGGCGCCGACGCUGGGCGGCCAUUAUGCAAACGGGCAACCUGUCACACGGACAUACACACCAACAACAACAGUGGGCUAUUCUCUGCCAUUUUGUGUGACCGCCACGGCGCAGCCUGGGCUAGGUUAUGUCCAUCCGCCACGGGAGCCGACACACAAUUUGGAGGUAUCUGCACCAUUGAACCUGCCAUAUGAAGUGGCGACGGCGAGCAUACCUGGAUGGACGCCACGUAGAUUGCCUGAUCUUCCCGACUUCGACGGUCAGCCAGAGGAAUGGCCAAUAUUUCUGUGCGCGUUCACGGAGACAACGGCAGCCUACCGGUGUACACAACUGGAAAACAACCAGCGGCUAGUGAAAGCCCUGAAAGGCGACGCCCGAGAGACAGUGAAGUCGUUGCUCAUCCAUCCCAGCAACGUAGAAGCCGUUAUGGAGCAGCUUCAAUUUCGAUAUGGACGUCCGGGGCUACUCAUCCGUAGCCAACUGGAUAGCGUGCGCGAUGUGCAGCCAAUUCAGGAGGCCAACAUCGCAAGGAUCGUCCCGUUCGCAACGAAGGUGAGCACGAUCGGCAGCCAGCACCUAGGGAACCCAACCCUACUGGAGGAGCUGAUCGCCAAGCUGCCGCUGAGCAAGAGGUUGGACUGGGCGAGGCACGCGGCCACGAUACAACCGUAUCCGACAGUGGUGCACCUGAGCGAAUGGCUUCAUGAAUUCGCAAGACUGGUGUGCACUGUCACGGACGUUGGAGCCAAGGAGCAACCGAAGCGAAGGAUCCUGCACGCGAAUAGUGUUCACGAGGAGGAGCGGUAUGCCGACCGCCCCAGAUGUUGCCCUAUAUGCGAGGGACAACACCAGAUCAGGGACUGCAAGGAAUUCAACGGCGUUUCUACGACGACGCGGAUCGAGUCAGCGAGGAAGUUGAGACUAUGCUUCUCGUGUCUGGAGCCCGGACACAUGUCCCGGUUCUGCAGGAAGAGCCGCGGAUGCAACGUCCACGGAUGCCAAAUGAGGCAUCACUACCUUCUCCACGAGUCACCUGGACAUUCUAGACAGCCGUACGUCGCAGAGGGAGGCCGCAGGAGCGACCAGAGAAGCAACAGCAAACGGAGUGGAAUGCCACGACCAGUGGAUUCCAACGAGAGGAGCCGUCCCACGUCAGCCGCAGUUAUAGACGCGGGGCGUGAGCAGGAUGAAAGGCGAUCGACGAGUGACCGCCACGAUUUGAUGCAUCGGAACCUGAACUGCGUUGACUCGAUUGGAUGCCACCUACUAUUCCGGAUUCUACCCGUGACGUUGUACGGGGAGAAUACGCAGGUCGACACCUAUGCACUGCUGGAUGAAGGAUCGUCUGUCACGCUCAUCGAUGACGAACUCAUCCGCAGCCUGAACCUGAAAGGCGAGAGUCGCCAACUGAACCUGCAAUGGUUUGGUGGGAAAUCUGCCAAAGAGCACACGAAAGUGGUCAGCCUGCAGAUCAGUGCAGCGGGCAAGCCAAAGCGCCAUGGGCUGAAGAACGUGUACGGAGUAGCCAAUUUGAACCUUCCGAUGCAGAGCCUGCGUCGGGAUGAUGUACAGGCAGUGGAGGCAAAUGCGCGCCUGCCUGUGAAGCCGUACAACAAUGCGACGCCGAGGAUCCUAAUUGGACUGGAUCAUGCGCAUCUUGGAAUACCCCUCAAAACAAGAAGCUAUGGAUCUGGAGGACCAUUCGCAGCAGCCACCGCACUUGGAUGGGUGGUGUAUGGACCGGUGAGCGGAAAGGUGAGCUCACCGCUUCAGAGUUCGUGCCUCCUAGCCGUGCCCCAGGAUAAUCUUCUGGAGAAGAUGGUCAGCGACUAUUUCGAGAUCGAGAAUUUCGGAGUAAAGCCGGCACAGCCAGUCGCAGCUGGCGGAGUGGAGCUGGCGCCGUCAGUCGCAGAUGCAGACGGCGACGCACGGGCCCUGAGAAUCCUGGAGGAGUCGACUAAGCGAGAAGGUCGACGAUAUGAAACCGGGCUGCUAUGGAGAGACGACGAGGUGAUACUGCCGGAGAGCUACAAUAUGGCGCUUAAGAGACUCGUCAACAUCGAAAGAAAAAUGAGGCGCGACGUGGACUUCGCGCGGGCCUAUAAAGGAUUGAUGGACGAUUACGUGAAGAAGGGGUAUGCACGACGACUGGAGCCCCAGGAAGUCCAGAGGUACCAGGAAGGCAAGCUAUGGUACCUGCCGCAUUUCGGGGUGGAAAACCCGAACAAACCUGGAAAAAUCCGGCUGGUCUUCGACGCGGCUGCCAAGGUGAACGGAGUGUCCCUCAACUCAGCGCUGCUGAAAGGCCCACAGCGCUACAAACCACUUCCAGCAGUGCUCUUCCAUUUUCGGGAAGGAGCAGUUGGGGUUUGUGCAGACAUCAAGGAGAUGUUUCACCAGGUACUAAUGCAGCCACAAGAUAGAGGUUCCCAGAGGUUCCUGUGGAGGAACGGAGAUGACCAGCGGGAGCCGGACACAUACGAGAUGCAGGUGAUGACGUUCGGAGCAGCUUGCUCACCAUGUUCGGCGGACUACGUGAAGACCUUGAAUGCCUCGCAGUACAGCAGCACAGACCCGCGAGCAGCCCUGGCCAUCAAGGAAUACCACUACGUGGACGACUACGUCGACAGUUUCAUACACGCAGAUGCAGGAUUUGACUUGUGUCGAUUUACUUCCUGGUCAUGUCCACGUUCGACCCGAUUGGAUUCCUGA